AUGGAGAAGGUCGCACUGCAGAAACACUAUGAAGCUCUGGAUCAGGAUCCAGAGAAUCUGUAUUCUGAAAAGCCAAAGUCAUACCGGAAGCGAGUCUGGGCCUUGCUGCUCUGCGUAAUCGCUGGUGGGUGGAUUCUCCGGCCGCACUGUCACCAUCACCACGGCCACCAUGUCCGUAGCAUUGAGGAACGAGUGCAAAACAUAUUGACUCAAACACCACUAAUUGACGGCCACGAUGAUUUCCCUAUCUUUAUCCGAUCGGUCUUCCAUAAUCACAUUCAUGGCUCCAAUUUUACAGACGCUUUUCUUAAUGGCACACUUCCAGCUCACGUAGACUUGCCUCGCCUGAAGCGUGGCCAUGUCGGUGGCACCUUCUGGAGUGUCUUUGUGCCCUGUCCUACCGAUUGGACGGAUUUUUCUGAUGAAACAUAUGCGCCGAGUAUACGGCAGACGAUGGAACAGGUUGACUUGAUGUCUCGUAUUCAACAGACUUUCCCUGAUGUCUUUUCAACCCCACCAAAUGGCACGACUGCCCUGAGCGCCUUCCAGGAAGGAAAAAUCAUCUCGCCCCUGGGUAUAGAAGGAUUGCACUCAAUCGGAAAUUCUCUAUCGCACCUUCGCAUCUUCUAUGAAUUGGGUGUUUCCUAUGCAACACUAACACACAACUGCCACAAUCGAUAUGCCGACGCUGCGGUUGUCGAGCUACCAGGCGGCGGGAUAAAGAAGUCCGACCCUUUAUGGCACGGAGUCAGUCCCGCAGGCCAAAACGUCAUCUUCGAAAUGAACCGACUCGGCAUGAUCGUCGACCUCGCACACGUGAGCGUGGAUACCAUGCGUGAUGUGCUAGGUGCUGGCAAGACCGACUGGACCGGGAGUCGGGCUCCGAUCAUGUUCAGCCAUAGCUCGGCCCAUGCGCUGUGUCCGCAUCCACGAAAUGUGCCUGACGAUGUUCUCGAAUUGGUGCGAGAGAAAAAUUCGAUUGUCAUGGUCAACUUUUCGCCUGAUUUCAUCUCCUGUGUUGAUUCUGGCCGUGCUGAUGGUCUGCCUGAUGCCGAUCCGGAAAAUGCGACCCUUGAACGAGUCGCGGAUCAUAUCAUGCAUAUCGGUACUAUCGCGGGCUUCGACCAUGUCGGUCUCGGUAGUGACUUUGAUGGUAUCCCAACCGUACCUCGGGGCCUGGAGGAUGUGUCCAAAUUCCCGGAUCUCAUUGCAGAGCUCCUACGCCGGGGUUUGAGUGAUGAGGAUGCGGCUAAGGUGGCUGGGGGAAAUCUCUUACGCGUGUGGAGAGACGUUGACCAAGUGGCCCUGAAGAUGCAAGCUGAAGGCGCACGUCCCGUGGAGGAUGACUCUCAGAGAAUCUAG